AUGGCGCAGGUUCCCGUGCAGACCCUCUACCGGGAUCCCCAGUUGUUCUACUGGAUCCUGAUCCCCAUCUCCGUCGUCAUGGUGCUCACGGGCGUCCUCCGCCACUACGCGUCGGUGCUCAUGGCGCCGGUGCCCAAGAAACUCGACGCCAAGGCUCUCCGCGAGCAGCGGGCCCUGGCGCGCGGUGUCACCCUCCGCGCGAACCACCACGUGCUGUCGCGGCGCGCAUUCGAAGCUCGUCGCGAGGCCCUCACCGCCGGCUUCGAAUCGGGCGAGUUCCUCAAGGACCCGGACAGCAAGGGCAAACCCCCUGGCAACCCGCUCAGCGACCCCGGCGCCAUGGACGGAAUGAUGGGCAUGAUGAAGAACAACAUGGCCAUGAUCAUCCCCAACACGCUCAUUAUGAGCUGGAUUAACGCCUUUUUUAGCGGCUACGUCAUCAUGAAAUUGCCGUUUCCCAUUACCAUCAAGUUCAAGAGCAUGCUUCAGGCGGGCGUGCAGACCAAGGACAUGGACCCUCGGUGGAUGUCGAGUAUCAGUUGGUACUUUUUGUGCAUCUUUGGCCUCCAAUUUGUCUACGUCUUUCUUCUCGGUAGCGACAAUGCCGCCAGCCAGCUCGCUCAGCAGAUGCAGGCGCAGCAGAUGCCUAUGAACCCCACGGGUGGACCUGGUGUCGACAUUGACAAGCAGUUCAAGGCUGAAGCCGAGAACCUGCAAGUUGUCGAGCACUACUCCGUUCUGGACGAGGUUGAGGAUCGCCUGCUAGCCCGUUUCUAG